AUGAGAUUCGUUAAGGAACACCUUGAGGUGAUUACUUGUUACAUUCCUUCUGCUCAUGAAAUUACCUCCACAAUUGAAAGCUUUGACGAAUUGAAACUGUGUAAGGAUCAUUUUCCUCCCAACACUUGUUUCAAUGUUUUUUGGUUUAAUCAGAAAUCUUGGGCUGCCCCAAUAUGCAGGUAUAUUAGUGAAUAUUUUGAUACUUUGAAGGAAUUAUCUAGUGCCAAAGAGGGUUCAAUGGCUGUAGUUAGGUUGUGUGCAUUGGACAAACAACGCGAAUCCUCUCUACCAAAGAAGGUUGUAACAUCAGGAUCUGGUUUUUAUAUGCUUCCCAAUUUGGUGAUUACUAAUUGCCAUGUUAAUGAAAAGAUUGGAACAAAUCCUUGCUUUGCAUUUAGUAAUGCAUGGAAUAUUGGUUAUUUUGAUGAUGCUCUUAAACAAGUAGAGCAACUUCCAGAAAAGAAGAGAUUAUGUUUUUCAGGACAAUUAUUGAAACUAACUCCCUACGAAACCAAGUUCAAACAAACAAAAAUAUGGACAGGAAUUGAUGCAAUUACUGGAGAGAUUGGAGACUUUUCAUUCUUUGAUUUUUCUGCUGUCCUAUUCACAGGCAAACCAAAUAAUGUGAUUUUCAUACCUUCAUCAACAGUAUUGCAACCAGGAGAUGAAAUUAUUACUCUUUCCUAUCCUGGUGAUGAAGAAAACACUUCACCAUUAAAAGAUUAUGCAAACUAUGCUAGUUGGGCACCCAGUGAAUUGGUUAUGAAAAGCAAUAUCUUUAAUGGUUAUGGAACUUUGUGUGCAAGUUUCGGCAAAAUUUUACAUCCUUUCAGAAACAUCAAUGAUGAAUGGGAGAAGGACGAAGAGUUCAGGAUUGGACAAGAUUCUCCCACAUGUGGAAUGAUGGAAAGUUUACCAUGUAAAACAAUUCGAUAUCCUAUUGAUAAUUUAAUGAAUAAUACAAAUUCAGGAAAUAAUAUUCUAAUUAAAUUGAUGAAUAAUUGGAUAGGUGAUUGUAUUUUGUUUAAUAAUGAGAAUGUGACUAUUGAUAGCAUUCAUUUUAUGGGAACGAAUCGAUUGGUCAACUUGGAAUGUAGUGCGGAUCAGAACCAAGUCAAAAUACCAUUGGUUAGAUUUUCAAAUUUGAAUUUGGAUUUGGUAAUGUUUGGAGUUAGUCAAUUGGAAAUUUUCAACUGUACAAUAGUUGAUUUUGUGGUGAAUGAUAUUCGGAGAAGUUUAAUUCUGGAUAAUAUACAAGUAGGAACAGAAAAUUUGAAACAAUUGCUUGAAAAAGAUUCGAAUAUCGAUUUGAAAAAGGUUAUAUUUAAUAUUUUCAUUGAACUUGGAUCAAUAGAUACGAGCAGUAAGGAAGUUAUUGUAAGAAAUUCACAUAUUAUUGGCUGUAAUUUAUAUGUUGGAUCUACACUUUCGAAUGGUUCGUUGCUAGUUGAAAAUUCCACAUUUGAAUAUUCUCUUUUAGAUUUAACUAAUGGUUUAGGAUACACUCCAAAAUCGGUCCCUAGACCAUCAUUUUAUAUUGCCAGUUCCAAAUUUUAUAGGUCAUCCAUUCAAGCACGUGAAGCACUUUCUGUUACUAUUCAAAAUUGUGAACUCAUUCAAAAUAUUCCAAACAAAUUGGCAAUUGUACUUUCAUUAAUACCCAAUUCCAUUUAUGCAGCAUUUUCAGUUACUUCCUCUGCAAUCUGCAACGUAUUAGUGUCAGCGUCUGUAUUUUCCAAUUGUCAAUCAGUUGGUGCAAUGUAUUUAGAGGGAACUGGUAUCAAUGCAGAAGUAGAAUGGUCACAUUUUAAAGAUAAUUCGAAUGUUAAGGGAGGAGCAGCUAUUAAUUUACAAACUAUUUAUAAUCUAUUUGCUCAUAAUACAAUAUUUGAGAAUAACAAGCAAGUUUUAGAUUCGAGUGAAAGUUUAUCAAAUAUUAAGGCAGACGAAAGAGGAGGCGGAGCUAUUUUACAAUAUCAAUCCCUAUUAACAACAGAAUCAUGUAUUUUUAUUAACAAUGAAGGAAUUACAGGAGGUGCAGUUCUCAAUUUUCAAGCUCAUAAAUACAAAAGUAGUGUAGAUAAAAACAAAGCCACCAAAUAUGGUGGAGCUAUUUUCACAUUGAAAACCGUCUUGAAUCUUGGAUUUCAAACAUUUUCAAUCAAUAAUAAUUAUGCAGGAAUAUCUGGUGGAGGUGCCUAUACUGUUGGAACGAAACAAGAGAAUGGCGUACCUUUGAUAGAUCGGUGCAAAGACAAUUACAAUGGAAAUGGAAAGCUUUCAAAUCAUGAUGCAUUCCCAGAGAUUAUCAGUUUAAGAAUUCCAGUAAAACAAUUUCUAUCAAUGAGUAAUGAUAGCAAUAGCAAUGCUAAAAUGUUGGAAACAUCAUUUGGAGAGAAAUUAGUGCUCAAUUUAGAUUUGUUUGACAAUACAUAUGGAAAUGAUAAUAUUCCAGUGAAUUCGUUCACUGAAAUGGAACUCUCUGUGGAAACAAAACCUUCCAAGGACAUGACAUUUGAAAUUCAUCAGCCGACCACCAAUGAAAUUGAUGGAAUUCUAUAUUCUAGAUCUACCAAUGAAAAAUUAAGAGGAAAUGGAACUUUAAUAUUUACAAUCAAGUCAUCUCUAUUCAAAACUGGAACAUUUUCAUCCCAAAUAGAAAUUGCUGUGACCCCAAUGGAAUGUAAACCUUGGUUCUCUCUUCAAGCGGAUAUGAAAAAGAUUGUAAAUGGUGGUUUUGCAUACUCAUGUGAAUUUAACUCAUACCUUAUCAUUCCAUUUGUAGUGUCAUCUGUACUUAUUGUAGGAUGUAUAGUUUUUACUAUUAUUGGAAUUGUUUGUUUCAAAUUUUAUGGAAUGAAGAGUAAAAUUAAAGUUCUUCAUAAGAAGGAACAAGCAGAGGAAGAGUUGACUCAAAAAUUAUUGGAUUUACAAUCACUAUAUACAUCUGAAUUAGAAUCCAAAUAUUCCAUUAAGAAUUGGCUAAUCAAGAUUGAGGAUAUCAAGGUUAUAAAAAAGAUUGGUGAAGGAGGAAUGGGAGUUGUCUAUCUAGCUCUGUAA